CCUGGUGGCCAGGUGCCCAGGAGAGGAGCUGGGGAGCUGGGGUGCCUUGUGCCCGAGCUGAUCUUGGAGGCUGCGAGCAAGGGACAGGAUGGCCCCGCGGAGAGCGGUGAAGCUAUCCCUGAAGAAGCCCACUUGCGCUGUGUGUGUGGCGGGAGUCGAGACGCUGGUGGACAUCCACAGUGACGUGCCCAAGGGCGCCAAGAACUUCGACGUCUCUGGGAGCUCCAAGUUGGAUAUCUUUGUGGCCUACGAUUCCACUCGGGUGACAGAGCCUGCGGGCAAGGCCCCCUGGCCCCUGGACACCAGUGUGGAGGUCAUCGUUUCUGCAGACAAAGCCAGUAAGGACUUAAAUGACCUCAAGGUGAAGGUGGCCUACUUCGGGGAGGAGGGGGGCGAGGCCCUGGGCCGCAGCGUGCUGCUCCUCACCUGUGUGGAUGUUUCCCUGGACGUCGACACUGACCGCGUCGGCAAGGUCAGGAGAAGCGGCCGUGACAAGAAAACCUGGCGCUGGGGCCCUGAGGGCUACGGAGCCAUCCUGCUGGUUAACUGUGACAAGGACAGUGACAACUCCAUGGGGCCUGACCUUCAGAACAGCCAGCUGAUGUCCCUGGAGGACCUGCAGGACAUGUCCCCCAUGGUGCUCAGCUGCGACGGCCCCGACGAGGUCUUCCACAGCCACAGGCUGGUCCUGAAGGCGCCCUGGCCGGAUUCCAGACGGGUGCGGGUCUUCUGCCCGCGGGGUGGGGAUUCGCUCUCUGACUACAAGCAGGUGCUGGGGCCGCAGCGCAGGUCCUACGAGGUGGAGCGGCAGCCGGGGCAGCGGCAGGUCCCGUUCUACGUGGAGGGCCUCGCCUUCCCCGACGCCGAGUUCCCGGGCCUGGUCUCCCUCAGCGUCAGUCUGAUGGACACAGGGACCCUGCCAGAGGUGCCCCUGUUCACAGACACCGUGGCCUUCCGCAUGGCCCCCUGGAUCAUGACCCCCAACACCCAGCCCCCUCUGGAGCUCUACGUGUGCAGUGUGGUGGACGCUCACGGCUCAAAUAAAAAGUUUCUGGACGACAUGGCCCGCCUGGCCUUGAAAGCCAGCUGCAAGCUGGUCAUCUGCCCGCGGGUGGACAAUCGGAACGACCGCUGGAUCCAGGACGAGAUGGAGUUUGGCUACAUCGAGGCCCCUCACAAGUCCUUCCCCGUGGUCUUUGACUCUCCCCGGAACAGGGGCCUGCGGGACUUCCCCUACAAGAAGAUCCUGGGUCCUGACUUUGGAUAUGUGACCCGGGAGAUCCUGUACGCUGGCCCCUCGGGCCUGGAUUCCUUCGGCAACCUGGACGUCAGCCCUCCCGUCGCCGUGGGCGGCCGGGAGUACCCCCUGGGCCGGAUCCUCGUUGGCGACUGCUUCCCCAAGUCCGGCGGGCGGCGGAUGGCCAAGGUGGUGCGCGACUUCCUGUGGGCCCAGCAGGUGCAGGCGCCCGUGCAGCUCUACUCGGACUGGCUCUCCGUGGGCCACGUGGACGAGUUCCUGAACUUCGUGCCCACCUCCGACCAAAAGGGCUUCCGGCUGCUCCUGGCCAGCCCCAGUGCCUGCCUCAGACUGUUCCAAGAGAAGAGAGACGAGGGCCAUGGGGAGGCGGCCCAGUUUGAGGGGUUAAAAGACCAGGCCAAGAGGAGCAUUAAUGACAUGCUGGCCGACAAACGCCUCAGGAGUGACAGCCUCUACGUACAGAGGUGCAUCGACUGGAACCGCGAGGUGCUGAAGCGGGAGCUGGGCCUGGCCGAGGCGGACAUCGUGGACAUCCCCCAGCUCUUCUCCCUGCAGGGCACCCGCGCCGAGGCCUUCUUCCCCGACAUGGUGAGGGUCCCCCGGCCUGUAGGGCGCUGGGGCGGAGGACAGGCGGCCAUGGGCAGGGCCCGCGGGCUGCACCCUGAGGUCCCUCCCGAGCUGGUCGCGUGUCCCAGGGGUCACAGGUGGACGUGGGGGUGCUGUUGGCACCUGUGGGCAGAGGCCAGGACCGCCCCCCACCCUGGUUCAUCUAUUUCCCCAGGGGGUGCUCCGGGGUCUGUCUCCAGCCUCCCUCCACCCUGGACCCCUGCUGGUGGCUCCCCGGUGGGCUCCCGAGCUGGCCAGGCUGGGCAGGCGGUGGCCUCUCCCUGGCCCUCAUUCGCUGGGCAGCUGACGAGCAGAUAAGCAGGUGUGAUCUCACCUGUGUGUCAGCAGGCAGGAGCUGAACGAUGCUAUCGGGCAGGCCUGGCCAGAGUGCCCAUUACCUGGGAGAGGACGUGGGCCCCGGGGUGGAGGUAGACCCUCCUCUCACACGGCAGGGUUAGCUCGAGACCCCCUCAUGGGACAAGGGAUGGAAGUGAAUCCCGGGGCCGGGUGCAGAUUGGAGGCAGGUGGGGAGGCCCCAGGAGGCUCCUGACCUCUCUCUGAGGCCAAGACCUCCGGGGCGGGGUCUCUCCCUCCAGAUUGGUGGACGACUGGGCUGCUGCAGGCUUUGUGGUGGUGCACCCCGGGCUCAGGGGCAGGUUCAGGGGCAUCCUGGCCUCUGCCCACUUGAAGCUAGUCAGCACCCCUUGGUCGCGACAACCCCAAAUCCCCCCUCCUUGAGGCCCAGUGCUUGAAGGCACUGCUGUCUUCUGGAACCUUCUGUGCUGAUCACAAUGCUCUGGGUACAUGGUGCAAGACAGUAGCCACUGAGCCAUAGGUGACCAGGGGACACUGAAAUGUGGCUCAUGGGGACGUAGAACAGAAUAUGAAUGUGACUUACUGUUCACUAAUGCAGCCCCAGUGGGGAGUAGCUGCCCCUUCUCCUCCGUGAAGCUCUAAGGAACCCUCGGGCUCUGCUCUGGUUGAAGCUGGGGAGCCCGAGCUGCCCUCUGUCCCCUGUCUGCCUCACCCCACCCCAUCACGUCCUGGCCCAUCAGUGGUCACUGAGGCAGUUCAGGACCAAGGCCACAGGACUGAUCCCAUGCACGUGGCCCUGCAGGGCAGGCCUAGGGGGAGGGGCACGGAGUGUGAGGGCCCAGGAUCCAGGGCAGCCCACCCAACACUCAGGGGAGAGUCCAGGACCCCCUGGACACCAGGGGCAGCCCCAUGUGGCCUUUGCCAUCCUGCAGGGCUGAGAUGUCCCCUGAGCAGCGGCCAUGAUCUAGCACCAGGGAGGCUUCUGUUCCCCACAUUAGGACCCCAGGCCAGGUCUACAGCCAAGGGAAGCAGAGGUGCCACUGCAGAUCAACUCGGUGUCCCCAAGGGCUCCCAGCCCCUUCCCCCAAUUCCUUAGCCCCACAGGAGACUCCACUCUGGCAAGGUGUAAAGAGCAUGAGUUCUGGUACGAGUUCAAGUUCAAGGUCUAGUCUCCCUGUUCUCUGGCUGUGUGGCCUGGAUUGUGUUUCCUAACCUCUCUGAGCCUCAGAGGGAGGCCAUGAGAUGUAGUGGCGAUACAUUGGGCACAGAGAGGAUGCUCAGUGAAUGUAACAACGCGGGAGGCUGCCAAGGACCGCAGGGCCGGCUGUCGACUGCACAAGCACACCCACCCAUGAGGGCUGUGACCCGCGGGCGUGUGGCUUUGUGUUUGUUGUCUAAGUUUCUGGCAGAUGACAGCAAAAUCUCUUGUUCUAACAAGAACAAGGGAUACUGAUGUGACAGUUUUCUUAAAGACGGAGGACAGUUUUGAAGGAAGGGGUGACUGAUGGCCACGUUUACCGUGUACGCUGCCGACGGCCCUGGGCACUGUGGGCGCUGCCCUCCAACCGCGGUCCGUUUCUUCUUGGCCUCCGCAGAGGUCCUCGGGCAGUCCCCAGCCCUGGCGCCUGGGAAUGCUGUCCAGGAGCAGCAGCCCUGGGCGUGGGUGGCAGCAGCCAGAGCUCGAGGCCCACGUGGAGCCUCCACAGCCGCCCAGCCUCGUCCUUGCCCUCUCUCCUGCAGGUGAACAUGGUGGUCCUGGGCCAGCACCUGGGCAUCCCCAAGCCCUACGGGCCCCUCAUCAACGGCCGCUGCUGCCUGGAGGAGGAGGUGCGCGCCCUGCUGGAGCCGCUGGGGCUGCACUGUGUCUUC